ACAACUACCCUAACAACAAAACCUACUACUAACCCAACAACAACUGCAACUACUUCAACAACUAAACCUGCCACUACCCAACCAAACAAUACCAUUUCUUCAACAACUAAACCUACCACUACCCCAACAACAACUACUGCAAUUACCCCAACAACUAAACCUACCACAACCCCAACAUCAAAACAUUCUACUACCCCAACAACUACUGCAACGACUUCAACAACACCUACUACAAUUUCUUCAACAACUAAACCUACCACUACCCCAACAACAACUACUGCAACUACCCCAACAACUAAACCUACCAUAACCCCAACAACAACUCCUACCACUACCCCAACAUCAAAACCUUCUACUACCCCAAUAACUACUGCAACUACUUCAACAACAACUACUACAGCUACUUCCACAACUAAACCUUUCACUACCCCAACAACAACUACUACAACUACCCCAAAAUCAAAACCUACAACUACCCCAAUAGCAACUACUACCUCUACUUCAACAUCUAAACCUACCACUACCCCAACAACACCUACUACAACUACCCCUACAACUAAACCUAACACUACCCCAACAAAAUAUCCUACCACUACCCCAACAACAUCUACUACCACUACCCCAACACCACCUACAACUACUUCAACAAUUAAACCUACCACUACUCCAACAUCUCCUACCACUACCCCAACGACAAAACCUACCACCACCCCUACAACUACUUCAACAACAACUACUACAACUACUUCAUUAACUAAACCUACCACUACCCCAACAACUAAUACAACUACCCCAACAACAAAACCUACUACUAACCCAACAUCAACUACAACUACUUCAACAACUAAACCUACACCCACCCCAACAACACAACCUACCACUACCCCAACAGCUACUACCACCACUACCACUACCCCAACAACAACUACUACAUCUACCCCAACAUCAAAACCUACCACUACCCCAACAGCUACUACCACCACUACCACUACCCCAACAUCUACUUCAAUUACUUCAACAACUAAACCUACCAGUAAGCCAACAUCUACUACAACUACCCCAACAUCAAAACCUGCCACUACCCCAACGUCUACUACAACUACUCCCACAACUAAACCUACCACCUCCCCAACAACAAAACAUUUGACAACAGCAUCUACCACAACAACAGGCUUCAUUGUAGUCACAAAUCCACCACAUACAUCGCAGUCACCCGCACCUCAAGUGCAAAAUACAACUUUGACCAUACAGACAGAAAAAACUAUGACAUCAAAACCUACCACAACCCCUAUCACUACCCCAACAACAACCCCUACCACCACCCCAACAACAACAACCCCUACCACUACCCCCAAAACAACCCCUACCAUUACCCCCAAAACAACCCAUAUCACUAGCCCAACACCCCCUACCACUAGCCCAACCACAAAUCCUACCACAUUAUGUUUUUGCACAUAUAAAAAUCUAAAUUUCCCUGCUGGUUCCUUGAUAUAUAAUGAGACUGAUGGGGCAGGCUGGUGUUUCACCUCUUACUGUAACUCAAGUUGUGUUGUUGAGAAACAAGCCAGACCAUGUCCCUCUACGACCCCGGCUACAGUCAGCACUGUCUCAGCUACAGUCAGCACUGUCUCAACAACAACAGAAGCUACACAUUCUACAACAUCUACUUUGUCCCCGACUACACCUUACAAGGGCUGUGAAUAUGUCAUUCCACCAAGAAAGGAUGGUGAGACUUGGAAGACAGACAACUGCACUACUCAGACUUGCCACAGGGGUGUAAUUACCACCACGCCUGUGGACUGUAAGUCUGUAGAAAAGCCUGUGUGUGAAAAUGGAUACCCACCAGUGAAAGUCUAUGACGAAUCAGGUUGCUGCUAUCACUACGAAUGUGAAUGUAUAUGCUAUGGAUGGGGAGACCCUCAUUACGUCACAUUUGAUGGCCAAUAUUACAGUUUCCAGGAAAACUGCACCUACGUUUUGAUUAAAGAAAUAGUUCCUCGACAGAACUUCAGUGUCAUCAUCGACAACUAUAACUGCGAUCCGUCUGGACAUGCGACCUGCCCUCAGUCUCUGAUUGUCAAUUACAAGUCCUAUAAAAUCGUUCUUACUCCGAAGAGAUUAAACGUGACAACAAAUAUGGUUUACAUCAAUGGAAAUCAGAUCUUCCCAACCUUUUCUAAUGAAGACCUCAUGAUCACCAGCACUGGGGUAGAGUUACUGUUGAUGAUCCCUGCCAUUAAAGCAACAGUGAUGUUUAAGUCCCUUAUGUUCAGUGUAACCCUGCCAGACUCCCUAUUCCACAACAACACAGAGGGGCAGUGUGGUACCUGUGACAAUAUCAGGAAAAAUGAUUGCAGAUUACCGAAUGGAAAGAUUGACCCAUCAUGUCCUGGGAUGGCUCAUGAAUGGAAGAUUCCUGAUGCUAAAAAACCCUACUGUGAACGGCAACCCGUUAUCCUACCUACCCCCACGCCUCUAACCUGCCCGUCAAGAAAGACAUCAAUCUGUGACAUCAUACUUAGCCCGGUCUUUAAGCAAUGCCAUGAUGUUAUCCCACAACAACCCUUCUUCGAGGCCUGUAAGUUUGAUGUCUGCAACAUGCCAAAUAUCUCAAUCGGCUGCUCCAGCCUGGAAGCCUACGCUGUGAGGUGUGCAGCAGCUGGAGUCUGUAUCGACUGGAGGAAAUCAACUAAUGGAACAUGUGAUCUGACAUGCCCUAAGACCAAAGUGUAUAAGGCAUGUGGCUCUACUAUCCAGCCAACAUGCAAUUCAAGAUACAAUGACAAAUAUGUGCAUUCAUGUCAGGGAGCACAAAUGACCCGUAACAUUGUAUGUGACUCAUUCAUGGAGGGCUGUUUCUGCCCUGAGGGUACCAUCUUGUUCAACACAUUCUCUGACACCUGUGUUCGUGACUGUGGAUGCACAGGACCUGAUGGAAAACCCAAACAGUUUGGUGAGACUUGGUACAGUAACUGCCAAAAGUGCAUGUGUAAUGCUGACACACUGAGUGUCCAGUGUGAACCAGUGAAAUGUCCGCCCCAAGAUAUUGUUACCUGUAAGAAGUACGGUGAGGUGUUGGUCAACGAGACGGUGGACUGCUGUCAGAAAAAUACAUGUGUGCCCAAACCUGUUUGUGUCCACAACAAUACUGAAUACACGGUGAGAACUUGGGAGUUUUGGUCGCCCCCUAGUGACCGCUGUGUGAAGUAUGAAUGCACGAAGACAAACAACCAGUUCAUCGUUGUGGAAUCCAAAUUGGAAUGCCCAGUGUUCCGUCCAGAGGACUGUGUCCCUGGAACUGAGAAAACUGAUGCAAAUGGAUGUUGCACAACCUGCACUUUAAUCAGUCACUGUGAUGUGAAGAACACCACCACCUACCUUGAGGUGAAUAACUGCAGGUCCUCUGUGCCGGUGGAAAUCUCAGCCUGCGGGGGAUCCUGUGGAACAUCUUCUAUGUACUCUGCAGAGAAAAACACCCUGAUGCACUCCUGCUCCUGCUGUCAAGAGAUGUCUACCAGUGAGAGGAAGGUGGAGAUGGUCUGCCCUGGUGGGAAGAAGAUCACGCAGUCCUACAUUUAUAUUGAUAAGUGUGGCUGCCAUGACUCUGAGUGUGACAAGAAGAACCACUUAGAUUAGGCCUUGAAGAAUGAAGUCUUUUGAAGUGUUCUUAUUUACCUGCAUGGAAUAUUCAAUAGUUUUAUCUAAAGGGAACCAAUAGGGUCUGUCUCAUUAUCAUAUAGGCUACUUUCAUGAACUGCAUGUCCUUUCUCUCUACCUACACUAUCAUAGACAUAAUGCAAACCUAUUAAACUGAUGAAGAAGCAUGAA